AUGAAUAUGCUCUCCAUCUCCGAGCAUCAGCCCAACCUCGGCGACGCUGCUCGACUCAGAGGUGAAGACUCCAGCCCUCCCACCACCAUCGUUUCUCGUCACAGCGCCAAUCUGCUCGGUUCGUGGUCCGCGAUGCCCCUCGACCCCUGUGCUCAGUCCGCAGACAGAGUUUCUCAACCCGCUGAUUGGCAGCGCUCGACCCGACGAUCUGGUCCCGGCGCUACUGCUGCUACAAAGCCGGUUAGGCUCGGCCAAAGGCCCACCAGCUCUCUCGAAGCACCCGCCAGUGGGUCGCCGAUUUUCUGCUUCCCCGAGCCUGAGCGGAGUCACCAGAUGCUUGUUUAUAAGGCACAUGGAAGGCUUCCGGGCGGGCGUAGAGCAGCGCUCGAGGCCAGCAGGAAGGGAAUAAGUCGGGCAUGCAAGUUGUCACAGGCUGCUAAGCUUUAUAGGCUCUUCGCGUCGCACCCACAGCUUGCGUUCUUGGCUUGGCGUGGGAUUCUGCUGAACUGGCACUGCAUGUGGCAGUAUCUCUAUUCUACAGUGAUGCACAUCGUGACGGCCUAUUGCAGUUUACUACCACUGGCAAGUUAUUUUGCACAGCAAAAUGCCAUGGCAGGUCGCGGCGAAAUUGUGGUUACUUGUUAUCUCAACUACAUUCCCGUGGAUACCUAUAUAAACGCUUUUCCCCACGGGAGCCGCAGCAUAAACCAGCCUCGCUGGAUUAGCUGCUUGGUACUAAAGGCCUUCUUCUCUCGUGACAAUAACCACCUAAAAGCUGUCCGCCCAUUCCUUCGCGCCGGUAUCCUUGUAAUGAAUAUCCACCCUACUACGUACUGCAUUGAUGGAUUGCAGUUGAUGCGUAACUUCGACGUCUUGCUUUAUGACGCUGGAGUCCAGAUGGGCUCUCUAAGUGAUAGCUCUGACUCAUUUACGCUGCACUAUGGAUAUGUGCUGGAAAUUGAUAGGACUAGACGACUGGGAGCUAACCAAUAUGCGUCCAAGAAUCACUACUCUGUGGCGUACGCACAUGACGAUAGGAAGCGGUGA